AUGGCGGAACUGCUUGUGUUAGCAGACAAUAACAACAACAACAAUACUCUAGUCAUUAACACGACCGCCAUCCCUAACUGUCAUCCUCUUCUUCUCAACCUCACUCUCACCAAUCCCUCUCUCUUUCGGAGUCAUGAUCUCCUUCGCUCCGUUUCCGAUUGGACUUCCAUGUGUCCAGACACUUACAUUUCCAUGGCACUCUCUUUAUUUGUCUUACUUGGCUAUCUACUCACCUUUUUAUUGGCUCUGAUUGGAAUUAUCUACAAACGCACAAGUCAAAAUAUUGUCGCUCGGAAUUUUAUUUUAUUACUCUUCACACUCUUUGCUGAAUGUUUAUUUGUCUUGCCCAUCACUUUGAGAAUUAUUGUUGGAAAGAGUAUUUAUCCGUGUGUCAUUCCUUCAUUGAUUUUCUUUAUUUUACCUCCAAUUAUAGCAUUGCCGACUAUUUUGAGAUUAUUGAGAGUGUAUGGAAUGUAUCGAUUGAAUUUGAAGAAGGCAAAUUUCGUUGCUGGGAGAGGGAGUAGUGCUUCUGAUGAAAGAAGUAUGCAUAUUCUACAGGGAUUGGAGGAUGGAGCUGUCAGUCAUCCACACAAAGAAGUUCAAAAAGAUGAUGAAAAUAAUCAAAUCGUUUUGGAAAUGAAAGAGCAUGAUCAUGUACAUCAAGAAAUUAAGGAUCCAGAAUCGAUCAAAACCAAUCAUCCUCAAACGUCAAACCAUGUCAACAAGGAUUCUGAACCACAGCUCAAGCGAUUGUCUCUAUUGACCUCUCCUCACUUUAAGCUUUUACAAUUACUCACCAGUGAUAAGAUUAUUUUUGUUCUUUCGAUUGCUGCUUUACUCAUUCACAUUUCGUUAUGGGCUAUUUUUGGUGGAAUUCAAGAAGGAAUUCACAAUUCGAGUGGAAAUUGGUUUUUUUUGGCCACGAGUUUUUUUGAAGUUAAUAAGGGAUGUGGAAUUAAGCCAAAUAUUUUCAUUGUGAUUGGAGUAGAGGGAGGAUUUUAUAUUGUUAUAGAAAUUAUUUCAUUGAUAUUAUGUAUCAGGGCAGAUCGUGAUACUUGGAAUGUGAAAAUUGAAAGUUUGGUAUUUAUUGGUGUUCAAGCAACAAGUGUCAUUGCGUACAUUGUUCUGGGAUUUAUUCCAGUGAUUACAACAUUGGUGGAUUAUUUUGCUCCAUUUGUUCUAAUUUGUGCAUUAAUGCUUUGGUUUGAAUGCACCUAUUGCGUAUUAUUGCCGGUCUGCUACGCCAUUCUCGAAGAUUGGAAAAAAGCAUCCAAGAAUGCAGCUUCCGAGAAUACUGUGUUAAAAUUAUUGAAAAACAAAAAAGCCUAUGAAAUGGUGAAGGAUUUUGCACGUAGAAGUUAUUGUUUGGAACCAGUGUUAGCGUGGGAAGAUAUUCAACGAUUCAAGUCAUUGAAAAAGGAGAAACGACAAGAGUUCGCCUUGAAAAUUAUUGAGAGAUACUUGAAAGUGGGAGCUGUGAUGGAAUUGAAUACAUCUGGAAUUGACAACAUUAGAAAUUCAAUUCUUGAGGCAAUGAAUGCACAGAGUGAUCAUGAAAUUAGUGUGAAUUUGUUUGACAAGGUUGAAACCGAAUGCAUGUUAAAUAUGACCGAUGUGUUGGUGAGAUUGCGAGAGAAGAAUGAGUAUAUUCACUCCUUAAUGAAAGAAUAG